AGACAGCCAAAAGCCCAGCAGCAGCAGGGACCGGCUUCCCAGGAGCUCACAGCCUUGAAGACAGAGAGUGCCAAUGCCACCGUGUUGCUUGAGGGUGUGAAGGAGAAGGCAGUGCUGGGAGAGGAGCAGAGAGAAAGCACGGGACUCCUCCAAGGCCAGCAGGAGGAGGAGGAGAAGCGGCUGCAGGAUGCUGGCUGGGCAGGGACUGCGAGAAUCACCCAGGAUGCCAACAUCCAGACACAUGAGGUUUGUCAUCUCCUUGCUUCCCAGGUGGAAAAGGGAAAAGACCUGGAGCUGGAGGAGCAGUUGGAUGCCCUGAGGAGGGAGCACACGCAGACCCUGCAAGGUGUGGAGAAAUCCCGGACACGUCCCAUCCUGCUUCUUCCCCGGCUGCCCUAGGAGAUGAUCCAGGAGCUGAAUUCCCAGGUGAAGUUCUUCCAGGAGAGGAUGAAGUGGGUGGAGGAGUGUCUCAUCAGCACAGACUACAAGAAGCUCAUCGAGGAGCAUGGGAGACCCACCCCGUUCUGGGAGCAGGAGCUGGAGAGCCUGCACUUUGUCAUCGAGGUGAAGAACGAGCACAUCCAUGCCCUGGACAAGAACACGGCUUUGAACCUGGAGACUGUGGUGGAGAGGAACCUUCUGCUGGAGGAGAAGGUGAAGACCCUCCAGCAGCAGAACGAGGACCUGCAGGUUCGCACCCAGAACCACUUGGUCAUGGCGAGGCAACUGUCAGAGGAGCUGCUGGCCGCGCGCAGGGCACUGCAGAAGGAGGCGCAGCUGCGGGAGCAGACUCAGCACAAGAAGGAAGAGCUGCUCUACCACAUGCUCGGCGGGGGGGACGGCUCCCCCUUCCCCAGCACCGCUGGCAAGGUGCCCCUCAUCGCCAUGUAG